CACAUUCUUUUUUCCGCACUCUCCUAUCCUAAUACAAAUCUUUUACACUUCCUUACACUCGCCACAUAAUCCUAUGGCAAAUCUCCACAGCCGUCAAAACCCAGUAAUCCUAUGGCGCAAAGCGUCUUGAAACGUCCAAGUCUUCGCCGGCAUCAGCAGAGCACGGAUGGCUCAACCUCUCCUCCCGCCAAUCCCUCUGCGACAUCUUCUUCCAGUUUCCGUGGAUCUUCAUAUUUUACUUCAAAGGCAGUAAAGCGGGCGAAGAAAGUGAGCGAAGAAUCGCCAAUUUAUACAUCCCCAUUAUACGCUUUCUGGAAGCAGAUUUCACCAGAGAUUACAGAAGGAACCCCGAAGGGAAACACCUCUGAGGACACCCCCGAAAGUACUGCAGACCUAAAGUCCCCAAGACAGGAUGUGCAAGAUUGGAAUACCACGAGGCUUUUUGAUCCGAGGCCCAUUGACUCGAUUAACACAACACUGAUGCAAGGCCUAUCUCAUAGCAACUCGGAUUGGAGCGCAACCAGAAGUUUUGAUGCAAAACCGAUUGUUCCACAACAAUCGAUUGAUCCGCCUCGCCCUCCGCGUGCAGGUUUUGAAUGGGUGUGGUUUCCAGCAGGAUAUUGGGCUGAGCGAGAACUGGCUGAGUUUGUAAGCCCUACAGAAAAUCCAGAACGUAUAAAUAGUAAAAGCCAUUUAUUUUCGAGAGCUGCUGAGCGCCAGAGUCAUGACUCUGAGGAUUCUACCUCGCCAAAAGGCUCUAGGAGAUUUUGGGGGAGUUUUUCUUCCAAAGUUGUUAAACAGUAUUCCGCUCAGUCGUUCAAGGGUUCCAUCCACGGAUCUGCUAUUUCCUCAAGUAAGAGCGAAAAAUUUCUGAAUACGUUGAAUUCAAUAUCCCCGACCUAUCCUCGUUAUGUUUCACCUUCAGGCGAAUUAGAAGGGUUGUAUGAUAAGACAAAGCGCAACAUAAUCGAAAGACGACAUCUUGCAGUGCCCUUCAGCAAAAGAAAGAAAAUUGUAUGCGUGGAUGAUCUGUUCCAUCAGAAUGAUUGGCUAAUGAGAUUCAUACAGAAAGCCGAGACACCACCUGUUGGGCCUUCAGGAGUUACUUCAUCUACUACCCAUACUGCUCGAGUUCUCGAAGGCGUCGUUGGCUAUUUCGAUAUACACGCUGAUAAGCUUCAUGGUGAGCCACCAACUACAACAUCUUCAAAUGCAUCUGAUGGAUCGAAACGCCGGUGGAGAUUCGGUGCUCCAUGGCACCGGAGAUUAUCUGACCACUCAAUAUCGGCAACUAGUUCCAUAUGUGAUCUAUUGGCUGGGAAAACACCAAUGGGGACACCAAAAUCUGGAUCUCGUUAUAUUGGUACAGCAGGAAAAUCUUACGUGAAAGGUGAUUGAUCCAGGGCGAACUGACUUGUGAAACUCUGUAUUGACACCUCCAGUUGAAAUAUCGGAGCAUGACGCACCUACUUUUUUACCAUCUGUAAGUGCCCUUCUUUGUCACUACCGCCGCCGAUGCAGUUCUGCAAUUUUAGAUGGCCUCUUCAUAUCUCAUUCGAUCAGAGCCAUAAACAUCGGCUUUACUAUAUUGUGCGGAAUAUGAAUUGAUAACACGAACCUAGGAAGCACAACGCCAUGACACACCGCAAUGGUCCCCAAAGCGAGAACGGCGUGGCUUUCUCCCAAAUAUGUUUCCGUACGAGAGCGAGCACAAAGCAUCGGAUAAACAUGGUAUAGGUGCAGCAAGACCGCGACGCGACACGAAUCGUUCGGCCUUGCGAAACCUUCUGAAGACCCCGACACUGUUGACUCCAGGAAGUCGUCGUGAAUCGUCAGAUUCCGACAAAUGUUCCACAUUGAAGGGUUCUUCGACUGUGAAAUGUUCUGCAUCACAACAUAUUCCAAAAGCUCGGAACUUUGAACUUAACGUCCCCGAUCACUUACCGAACAGUCCCCUCUGUCCAGCGAACCCUCAGCAUGUAAGCAAAGGCCAGGGAAUGUGUCCAUUGCAUGGUCGCGGCAAAAACAGAGGUCAUUCGCCUAAUACCAGUAGAGGUCAUACGCCUGAUAUUGAGAUAGUAGUGACGGUUUCAGAUUAGGAUUAGGAAGUGUCAUCCUGAGCUGGCUUGCUGGAUAAGACCUACAGGAAUCUAUGGACCAAUAGCGGGUGUAGAUUGGCAAUUGU